GAGUCGGCGCCGCCAGGGCGUGGCCGCUCCACGGGCCCGCCCAGCCGCCUGCGCCGCCGCGCGCCAAAGUCAAAGUGCGGGUCCCGCCGGCGCGAGCGUGACGCUGCCUCCCGAGCUCCCAGCACCGCCGCUCUCCUGCAGGUCCCUAACCCGAGCCGUCGCGAGCAGGCAUGGCCACCCCGCCUAAGAGGUUCUGCCCUUCUCCCUCCGCCAGCUCCGAGGGGACACGCAUCAAGAAGAUCUCCAUCGAGGGGAACAUCGCCGCUGGGAAGUCCACAUUCGUGAAUAUCCUGAAGCAAGUCUGUGAAGACUGGGAAGUGGUUCCUGAACCUGUUGCCAGGUGGUGCAAUGUUCAGAAUACGCAAGAUGAGUUUGAGGAAUUGACAACGUCUCAGAAAAGUGGUGGGAAUGUUCUUCAGAUGAUGUACGAGAAACCUGAACGGUGGUCUUUCACCUUCCAAUCCUAUGCCUGCCUCAGCCGGAUCCGAGCUCAGCUUGCUGCCCUCAAUGGCAAGCUCAAAGAUGCAGAGAAACCCGUAUUAUUUUUUGAGCGAUCUGUGUAUAGUGACAGGUAUAUUUUCGCAUCUAAUUUGUAUGAAUCUGACUGCAUGAAUGAAACAGAGUGGACAAUAUAUCAGGACUGGCAUGACUGGAUGAAUAGCCAGUUUGGGCAAAGUCUUGAGCUGGAUGGAAUCAUUUAUCUUCGAGCUACUCCAGAGAAAUGCUUAAAUAGAAUAUAUUUACGGGGAAGAAACGAAGAACAAGGCAUUCCUCUUGAAUACUUAGAGAAACUUCACUAUAAACAUGAGAGCUGGCUCCUUCAUCGAACUCUGAAAACCAACUUUGAUUAUCUUCAAGAGGUGCCUAUCCUCACACUGGAUGUCAAUGAAGACUUUAAAGACAAGCAUGAAAGCCUGGUUGAGAAGGUGAAAGAGUUUUUGAGUACUUUGUGAUUGAACGGAAGACUGCAGGCAACAGAAUUGUCUCCAGAAGCUUCCGUCUGCGUGUCCUCGUAGCUUGAUUUCAUAUGAAGGUCUUCAUAGGAGUCACGUUUUUAAACCAGUUUUGUUUUAAGGAGAACAACCUUUUCUGUGUAUAUAUAUUUUAUUUAAUACUCAGAAUCCCCUGUAAAAUGUUGUGUCCUUCCUUUACUCCCUUUCUUCCUCCACUCCCUCUGUUUUGAGUCCGAGGUGUUCUCUCACACCAGGAAGUCUGGAGGUAGAUGUUCUCAGAAUCAGUGAAGUGACUGAGUCACUGUUAGGAAAGGCCCAGCCUUCUUUCUUCUCGGUUGUUAUCCUGAGCAGGUAGACAUGUUUUCAUUGUUUUGAUUUUUCGAGACAGGGUUUCUCUGUAGCAUUUUAGGUUCCUGUCCUGGAACUACCUCUUGUAGACCAGGCUGGCCUCGAACUCACAGAGAUCCGUCUGCCUCUGCCUCCCGAGUGCUGGGAUUAAAGGUGUGCGCCAUCACUGCCCGGCCCAUGUUUUCAUUGUUAUCUUACUUCGUUAGUAUUACAUCUAGAGGGUGUACAUAUUUGUAAGUUAGCAUGGCUAUUACAAGCUGAAAGGCGUAGUUUGGGGAAUCCCUGGUAUAGGGAUUUGUUUGAAGUGUGUGUUUUGUUUUUCAUCUUGUUCCCUUUGGUGGUGCUGGACAUUAAACCCAGGGUCUCAUUCAUGCUAGGGAACCUUUCUACAGUGAACUGUCUCAGCCCUGUAGUGUUUUUAUCAAGUACCUCUCCUUCCACUCCACUGAAAGUUGACAAUAGGACCAUGUGACCAUCACCUCGUUGAUGGUUAUUCAUGAGUCUGUGGUGCAUUUGUAGAGAAAGAGGUGUUGUAAUUGUGUAAUUACUUUAUAAAUCAUUUAAGUUUUGCUUGUUUCUUCAUCCAUGAUGAGUACUUUUUUAUUUUCUUUUUUUUUUUUUGUGAACGUAAAUUUUGGAGAAUGGAAGAAAUCUUUUAUAUUUAAAAGGUAGCUAAGACAUUUAUUACAUGAGUAUAAAUCUUCAUGAAGUUACUGCUUUUCUUGGAUUACUAUAGUUUAAAUGCUUGUUUAAAUUAUGUUUUUUUUUGUUUGUUUGUUUGUUUGUUUUUUGAGACAAAGUCUCUUUACAGCUCUGGCUAACCUGGAAUUCUGUAUAGAGACUGGGAUAGCCUUGAACUCCACCCACUUCUGGCUCUGUGCAGGCAUUGUUGCCCCCUCCCUCCCCACCAGAGCUGGGAUGCUGGAAUUAAAGACACACAACACCACAACACCACACCUGGCUCCGAUUUUCUUGAAAUCACUUGAGAUACAAGUAUAGUUUUUCCUCCCUUUCUUUCAGUUUUUAUGUAAAAUGGUGAUAGAACAUAAUGACAAGUUUUGAUUGGCCCUGUAUUGAUAAUUAGUCUCUCUACCUUUAUACAUGGUAAGACACAGAGGUAGAUGGUGGAGCGUUUCAGCUAUCCAGUCUGCUCCUGCCAGGUCAUCUAAGAUCAGAGUCACACACUUCUGCUGGGAGACUGUUGUGAUCACAACUUCGCUUCAUAGUUUGCUUUGUAGUUUUUCUAAAAUCUCUUAUACUUACAGAGAAAUAGUUGAUAAAACAAUUUUGCUUUAUAUAUAGUGUAUCAUGGAAAUGUUACAGUUUUUAGUUGAACUAGGAAAUAACUUUAACAAAUUCCCAAAGGCUUUAAGUUCCUGUUAACAGUGCAUGUAUCUCUAAACCGCUUUGAUGUUUAGCUGGGAACAUCCUGUAUAUAAUUAAAGAAGUAUUUUUAUUGUUUUUUUCCAGUGUAGUCUUUUAAGUUAAGUUCUGCGUUAUUUUUACCAGGUAAUUAGCCUUUCUACUUCACAUUAGGAAAAACGUGUAAUUUCUUGAAAUGAAGAAUUGCAUUUAUUUUGAAGCUAUAAUUUUCCUUUGUAAAAAUGUUACCUUUUAUUUUUGGUUUCUUAUUCAAAGAUGAUAAUUUAGAGGGUUAACUGGUACAGUAGCACUGAUCUUUGAAAAGGGGAUUCAACUUUAAAUCUGCAAUAACAAAAAAUAUAUUGUCUUGUGAUUUAUCUGACCUUUUUCUUGUUUAAUAUAAAUAAAUUUGGCACCUUAAAUGUUUGUCAAUAAAUACAUUUAAAUUUUUU